GGGCGUGUCCAUGUUGCCCUGGUAACGAACAGACAAUAUCGAAUCAACAUAAACACGGUUAACGACUAGAAAACGACUUGAAAAAUGUAUUAAUCUCGUUUAAAGUGUACUCUUUAUUCAUGCAAUGGAUAUUUUCGCUUGUGCAAAAGUCAGGUGGAUACAAGGAUUUACAAAUAAGGAUGUUUACUUUGUAGACAAAAACACCAUCGCAUACCCAUGUGGCAAUUAUAUUUACUUUUUAGAUUUGAACAGUAAACAACAAACUAUACUUCAGAGUCCUGGCAGAGGUGUUAGUGUAUUUACGGCAAACGGAAACAGUGGAAUAUUCGCCUUUUCCCCACCUGGGCUGAAUCCGUCUAUAUUUGUGCACAGUCAUCCUACACUAGCAUUAAAGAAUGAACUUGCAGGAUCAUCCAAACUGGAUUAUAUUUCUUUGGCACUAAGUGAUGGUGGGCCGUAUUUAGUGAGCUGCUCCUCUCUUCCAGACUUCACCAUAACAGUCUGGAAUUGGGAAAAUGCUACACCACUUUGUCAGCAAGUACAUGGCGGGAAGAAUAUAUGUUCUCUAAGUUUUAACCCUUGGAAUUGGCUCCAAAUCUGUGCUUUAGACAAAUCCUCCAUCACUGUAUGGAAUAUUGAGAGGACUGGCAGUCACCAUGUCCUUAAACCAUGUCCAAUAGAACUUCCGGAUGUUGAUGGUGCCAUUGCAAAGAGAUUUGUGCUCAGCUCCCACAGCGUCAGUGAAGAACUUUGUUACUAUGGGCCUGAGCUGCCUCCAUCAGCGAUUGCAGGCCUCAAAGGAGACAAGACAGAAGACAUUGUGAACAAGCUUUUCAUGAAGGCCAGAGUGACUCCUACUGCUAUCUGCUGGACAACCACAUCCCAGUUCUAUGUGGGCUGUAAAGAAGGCUUUUUGCUGCUUGUUGAUCCAGAGCACCUCUCUGUCUCUACUCUCAUCGAUCCCAUAACUUCUGAAGUGCCUGAACUGAAACAUGGCUUUCAAGCUUUUGCCCUUCAUAAAGAUAACUUAAUUGUAGUAGGAAAGAAUAAUGUAAUUCAAGGAUUACAAAUAAAAGGAAAACAGAUUAAAAUUACAAAAACAUGGGAAUUAACCUGCCCUGUGACAACCGCUCUGUACUCACCUAACUAUGAAACUUUACUCUGCGCUUCUGAUAUGGGUCAAAUUUUCACAUUAAACGAAAACCCUACAGAGAAAGUGAAAAAAGUCCUGGAUGUUUCAUCUGGGGACUUUGUCGCCUUAUCUUUCUCACCCACUGACAAGAACAUAUGUCUAACUGUAAGAGACCCAGGGCAACUGCAAGUGUGGUCGACAGAUGGCAUAAUCCUUGGCUCCUUGUCUGUACAAACAAAGAUAACAAGUAUGGCAUGCUGUCCUAUUGCAAACUAUGUGGUUUUGGGAACAACUUGUGGAAAACUUCUCUACGCUGACAUUAGAGAUCCACAGCAGCCUCGCAUAGUGCACCAAACACACCUCUAUCACACAGCUGUGGAUCAUUUAGUGUUUGAUCAAGAUGGUCACUACCUGUUUACAAGCUCCCCAGAUUCCUACAUGUAUAUUCUUGAUCCUAAGCCAUCAUCAAGGUUUGCUGUUUUAGGAUACACAGUCUUACAGAGCCUACCUUUGACUCUGUCUGCUCAGUAUGUAAAGGGGAGUGACGAGGUGAAAGUUCUUGCAUUGUGUGCCGACUCAGCCAAGAAUCACAGCAGAUUGCUGACACUAUUGUCUUUCCCUGCAGAUGACUUUAAUGAAAUCCCCAAUAGUGUAGACCGAAAUGGUUGUCUAUCAAAUAAUGUCUUAAGUGUGUCCAAGUAUGAAGUUCCUAUUCCACUUACAUCCUGUGUCUUGGGAGAUAAUGAGAUCUUUGCCUACUGCCACAAAAAGAAAAGUAUUCAGUGUUUUGAGCUUCCACAGCACUCAGACUCUUCUGGCAGUGAACAGGUGAUAGAGCUCAACCCAAAGUGUGAAGUGAAGGGCCACCCUUUGGGACCAGCUUCCCUCACACUCUCUCCUCAUAAGUUAUGGCUCGCCUCCCUGGGUCAAGAUGGCAUCCUGCAAGUCAGAGAAUGUGCUUCAGUGGAAAAGUACAUUGAGCUACAUUGCCAUUCCAUGUGCCUCACUGGAGUUCAGCUUGUGUCAUUCUCUGCUGAUGGUCAAACUAUUCUAACUGCUAAUACUAAAGAUGGCUCCCUCGUGUGUUCUAAUCUGAGAAUGAGUGAAGUCGCUAAUCAACAGGCCACUGAAUACAGCAAGUUGUCAGAGGGUAAUUUGAAAAGUUUAGUCAAAAAUGAAAACUCUACCCUCGGCGAUAUGCUCAAGUGGAGUGAACAGGUUUCUAUGAGGAAAGCUGAAGAUAGCCAGGGCAGUGGAAAUUUGCCUUCUAUAGAUGUAACAGAACAAGAUGAAAAUUACAAACCACUUCCUCAUAAGACGUGGCUGGAAAAUAGACAAGAGGCGAUUGUAAAAGAAGACAAUAAAACAUAUGCAGAAAUGAAGAAAAACCUCAGGAAGAAACUGAAGGAAAUACGGGAUACUUUACAUGAGAUGGUGCGUGAAAAUGAGAAUGUUCCUGAAAACGAGCGUCUGGACCCAAAAGAGUUCAUUUUGGAUGUAGACACGCAGAUGAGCCUUGAGGCUGCAAUAGAGGAAGAAAUGUUAAAAAUGAGGACUGACAGUAAGUGGAACAUUCUGGCCAAUUAUUACCUCCGUGACGUCCUAAAGAGGGACCACUGGGAUGCUCUGAAGGUCAAAGGCAGAUCUGUGAAGGGCUUUCACUCUGACUACGAAGUGAAAAACUAUCCUCUGAAAGAACGCACUAAACAAGAGCUGGAGGAUCUACGAUGUGUUGAGCAGAUGAGGAAAAUUGAAAAGGCCCAGUGCACAAAACAAAAGGAGAAAGAAGAGGAAAGCCAUGUUGACAUCAAAAGCAGUUUCUCUUAUGAGUUUGGGUAUUCAGGUCAUUACCUCUACAAUCAGUUUGAAGUGCAGAGUCGAGAACAGAUGGUCAACCAGAUCAUUCUGCUACUGGAUGCAAUCUAUCAGGUCAAAACAGCUUUCAACAAGGAGUUUGACGCAGCCCAUAGACAGAAAGUGCAUGAGCUGAAGAACAUCCAACAAAGAAAUGCUCGCAUCAAGGAGAUCAUGAUAGAGCUGGAUCGCCACGAGAAUCUCCACGAGAUCUGGGAGCCCAGUCUAACUGUAGCCGAGUGGCCCGAGAUGCUGCUAACUGUCCAUGACUCAGAGAUUACAGCUGAGAAAUACCUCACCCCAGAGCAAAAAGAAGAGCAGGAGAAGAAAGAGCUGGAAGAGAAGAGACGUUUGGCUUCCAAGGGUAAUAGCGCCAGGGACAAAGCUCUGGAUGACAUGAUGAACGGAGUGCUUGAAGUGAAGAAAGAGGACAUCCUAAAAUCAGAAAUUCCUCCUCCUGAGUUUGUUUUGACCAAACCUGAGUCCCAGUGGAGCGAGGAGGAGAAAAGGAUGCAUAAAGACUAUGAGAAGAAGUGUGAAGAUCUGAAUGACGAAAAGGACAAAUACAGAAAAGUCUUGGAAACUGGAAUGAGAAAACUGCAGAUGGCCACAAAAGAAGCGACUGAAAAGUUUGAUGAAAUUCUGGCAAAGCUGUUUGAGCGGAAAAUUAAGUGUGAAAUGGCUGUAAAUCAGGAAGAGUUAAAAAUUACCAAUCUGUGCUACUCCCUGCUCAUUGAAGAAGAGCUGAGAAACCGGGAGGUGGAACUCAAGCUCAAACUUGAACAAGUGCUGACAUACAAGGAUGAUAUCGCAGAGGAGGUGGUGAAAUGUGAAGAUGAAGUGGAGCAAUUUCGCAUGACUUACGACACUGUAGUAGCUGAGGAUAAAGAUCUUGACAAAGAAUUUCGAAAAGAGUUCAGUGAUGUUCCCAGCCACUUUGUUGACGAACUGUAUAGGUUGUUCAAACGUAGACCCAGGGUCCAAAAGAUGAGAGCACAGACCACUAAAAACCCAAUCCCAUUCAAAGACCCGCUACUGUCUGGGUCCAUGGCUCCAGAGAGUCUUGGGAAGCUGCUGAUGGCCGUGGAUGAGAUGGACUCGCCUCAGAAUAUGCCCAAGAACCUGAAUCCUUUAAUCUGGGAAAGGUUCUGCAUUUUCAGGAGAACCAAAAUAGAGAAAGAACACAAGGUAAAAAUGAAUGCCAUGACUCUAGCUGAGAUGCUAGCAUUUCUGCAAAAAAGGAGGGAAGAGGAGAGAGCCGCCAUUGAAGAAAUAAAAACUAUCUCUGAGGAACUCCAAAGACUGCAUAAAGUGAAGACGCAAUUCAUGGUAGACCCCAAGAUCCAGGUCUUACUGAAAUGGGGCCAAGUAGAGAUGUACGAUACAGAGCUCACAGUGGACUACUCCAACUAUGUGUUAGUUGAUAGAAGUAUAGUGGGAAACCUGAACAAAACUAUUACUAUGCUUGGAGAACAGAAGAUCUCAACCAUGGUGGCCUGUAAAGACUUUCGCAAAGGCAUCAUUCAGCAGGAGUGGGAAAACACAGUAAACAAGAUGCGCAUUGAAGAUCUACAAAAUGAGGCUAGAGAUAUACAAAUGCUAAAGCUCUCUGAGGAGCAAAAUGAGUAUCUCGACAAGACUGAUAGAGAAAGUCGGGUGUCUAAGCAAGUCACUAGCUUGGAGAAGACUAUAGCAUUUGGAGAAAAGGCUCAUCUAAAAAAGGUGGACCAUCGCAAGCAGAAAAUUAAGCAGCUUGAACAGCAGGCCAAGCUCAUGUCUGACAAAACCUCAGUGCUAGAGGCCCAGAGGAAAGACUUGGAAGUCACUGUGUCAGAGUUGGCACACAUGUGUGACAGAAUAGCUACAGAUGAUCCAUCAUUGAAAAGAGAGGAACGUAACCAGGAGAUUGUCCAAAGGCGUAAACUGAAGGAGCUGGCCCAGGUUCAGGCCGAGGAGCUGUCCCUGCUUAAGGCGGAAGUGGAACGUCUCAGGACAAAGAACUUUCCCUCUCUCAACCGGCUGCAACAUCAUUAAAAUGCAUGAUUUAAAAAAAGAAAAGUGUUAAAGAAGGUCCAAACAAAUAAUAAUUAAUAAACAAUCAAAACUUUAUAACUUAAGGUA